CAUUUUGAAAAGCACAGAAAGAACGCAUAUUUGGCAUUAGUCAAAACAGCAACAAAAAAGACUUAGAAAUCUUCUGGACAUGAGCACUAUUUACAUCCAUCCACACACCAACUGAACCGUAUCACUCGGAAGGAGAUUACAAUCACAUAGGAUGGAUCCUCAUUUAAAAACAUGACGGCUCCACUCCAUUACAUUCUUCACACCCAGUAGAUGGCGGUGACGCGUAAUUAUUCCAGUUUGACAGCUGCUUGGAGAGUAGAGUAAGAAUUCAACAAGAAGUAGAAACGGCAAGAGAAACAUGGCAGAGAAAGUGAGUGGUGAAACAUCGGAAGACAGGUCGGACUCCGCGGUGCCUCCUGGCGCUGCUGCGGUGUCGCAAGACCUUCGAAGUGUUCUGGUCACCAGCGUUCUGAACCUAGAGAAGCUGGAGAUAGAUCUGUACAGACCCCAAGGUGCCGGUGCUGUACCAGGUGGAGAGGACCAGGGACGGUCGUAGUUUCAGCGUGCGGUCAGUGAAGGCCAUCCAACACGGUCAACCCAUCCUCAUCUGCCAGGCCUCCUUCCACAGUAACCAGCCCUCUCCUCUGCAGCACCAGUUCACCAUGCCCUCUGUCCCCCCUCCUGAAGACCUGCUGACGGUGGAGGAACUCAUACAGCUCUACCUCAGUAAGCCAGACUUGGCUGAGAAAGCCAAACGGGGUCUGAACAAGCUGCUAGCUGACGAGGUUCCCAUAGAGAUUAAACCUGUCAAUCCUCCAGACUUCUACCGCGGCGUUGCCAUGGAACCCAAUAAGCUGUACUGGGUGCGCGCUAGAGGCCACAUCGGUAAAGGUGAUAUGAAGCUCCACUGCUGUGUGGCAGCCUAUGUGUCAGACUAUUCGUUCCUGGACACUGCUCUCCUGCCCUACCCCGGGCAGCGCGCCACUUUCUCAGCCUCACUGGAUCACGCCAUGUGGUUCCACAACACCUUCAGGGCAGACGAAUGGAUGCUCUACGAGACUGAGAGCUCUUGGGCUGGGGGCAGCAGAGGGCUGGUCCAGGGACGUCUGUGGAGGAGAGACGGGGUGCUGGCUGCCAGCUGUGCCCAGGAGGGGGUACUCAGGGUCAAGGCCGUGACUAACGAGAGCAAGCUAUAACCGUGACAACCUGUUAAAUGGCUGAUGAAGCCAUGUAGAGUCAGGAGACUGGCUGCGUUUACACAGGCAGCCCAAAUAUGAUCUCUUUUCCGCCAAUUGGUCUUUUGACCAAUCACAUCAGAUCUCUUCACAUAUAUUUGUCAGAGCUAAUAUGAAAAAAGAUCAGAAUUGGGCUGGCUGUCUAAAGAGAGACACCCUGCCGACGAACGGCUGGUGGCCACGGUGUGUUAGUGAUCACCUGCUGGGUGUUGAUGAACGGUUCAACCUCAUCCCCAGCCUACAUCCCCAGCCUUCAUCCCCAGUCUUCAUCUCCAGCCUUCAUCCCCAGCCUACAUCCCCAGCCUUCAUCCCCAGCCUACAUCCCCAGUCUUCAUCCCCAGCCUACAUCCCCAGCCUACAUCC